AACAAUUCACAUUGGAGUAGUAAUUUUUUGAGAACAGCGAGGAUCUCAGAAAGAUCGCUCAGUUAUAUUUAACUAUUUCAGGGUUAAGAGAGAAGUGGAGUUGCAUGAUUGGCUUACAGAUGCACAAAAGGAGGAGCUGGAACCGGUGGCUACGGAAGAAGAAAGAAACGAGCUCAAACAGCUGAAGGAAAAGAAGGACAAAGAAGCAAUCCUAGUAAAGGUCCGCUCUUAUCGAGAACGUUUGCCAGAAGACAGAAGAAAGAUGGUAGAGUCAUUCGAGCAAGAUUGCCUCGAUCUAUGGAAGGACGAAGUUACACGUAAGCGCCGUGAUAUUGAUAAGAAUUUCGAAGAAUUUGCUCAAUGGAUGACAGACGAACAGAGGAAAUCAGUGGAAGAAAUGAAGAAAUCCGGAAAGUCUUUUGAUGAGAUUCGCACAAAGACCAGAGAGUAUUUCAAAGCACUUCCGGCCGAUAAGCAAGCUGAGUUGAAUGAGGAAUUCAAAGGAAAAUGCAAGGCAUAUUUUGAGAAAAUUUCGAAACCUGAAGAGAUGGACAAAAUGAAGGCAUUGCACGAAGCGGGGAAGGAUGAUGAGGUUCGCACAAUUGUAAAGGAUAUCGUUGGCCGUCAAACUGGUGAUGAGCAGAAA